AGAGAUAGUAACCAAUCUCGUGGUGUUGACUGAUGCCAUGCAUUGCUGUUCUCGGAGUCGUAAUUCGUAAGAACUCUCGAUGAUCUACCUCUACGUCGUACGUCCUCGUAGGUUCAGUUUGCGUCUUCGUUUGGGCCACCUCGUCAUAGUGGUAAUCGAUCUUUCUCGUCAAACUCGCUAGUCUACCGCGAUGGUCGUUUUUCGCUGGUAAAGUCGGACGACGCGGAUUUCAUCCAGCAUUAUGGAGUGUUGAUUAUCUUUUUUUCGCAGUCACUACUUUAGAAAAGGUCGGAUUUUUUUCAUCAAGCUCGCGAAUAAACGAUGCUUUUUGUAGUGGAUUACCGCGCCGUCGCGAAGACGUUCGGGGCUUGGCGCACAGCGGCACGGCCGGCGCGCAAAUCGUUUACGGGGUUGAGCAAACAGCAGCUCUCGAAAGAGUUCCUCCUGGCGCAAUUCGAAGCUGUGAGUCCUUCUAUCGCGAAGGCUUUCGGGGCUUGGUGCACAGUGGCGCGGCCGGCGGCGCGGAAACCGCUAGCGUUCGAGGGAUGCAGCAAACAUGAAGAGUGGCUGCUGGAGCAGUUCAGCCGCAACGAGGAAGAUUCGCCGCUGGAUUAUUGGGAUCUCUCGGAAGAGGUUGCGUGAUGAGGAUAAAUGAUGAUGAUGAUGAUCUUCAUCUUGAAUUUCGUUUUGUGUCUGAGUCUGAUUGAUACUAUAAUUUACUCCUCUUGUUUCAGAUAUACAAAAAUUGAAUUGCGCUCUCUUGUACGAACUAUGCACGACCACACUUGGCGUCGUCUACCAGCAAACUCGACCCUACAUUGGAGAAAAUUGCCUGUCUUCUCAGCAAAGCGAAAGAAGUGAAAAACUGCGUGGAAAUUAUUCCCAAAUAAAAAUAAAUCGUAAAAAACUGAACUACAAGCACACCUUCGAUCUUGUCUCUCAAAG